AUGUCGGAUACUAGUAGUUUGGUCGGGAUCGUUGAGACAACUGUGGAGCUAAAAUCUUCGAGCGAGAAGUUCCAUGAUAUGCUUGUCGGGAGACCCCACCAUCUUUCCGAUGCAUCUCCAUCUAACCUUCAAGGCUAUGGAGAGACAAGGGUAAUGAAACACAAGAUGGAGUCACUGGAGCCGGAGAAGAAUCGGGUCACGUACAGAGUGUUAGAAGGUGACCUAAUGAAUGAGUACAAGAGUUUCGUGAUCACUUUCCAGGUGACCCCUAAGGAAGGAGAACCUGGAAGUAUUGCACAUUGGCACUUUGAGUAUGAGAAGAUUAACGAGGAGGUGGCUCACCCUGAAACUCUUCUCCAGUUCGCAGUCGAAGUCUCCAAAGAGAUGGAUGAACAUCUCUUGUCCGAGGAAUAA